CGUUCUUAUCGCUUUAUAAAGACCCACAUUAUAUUGUUGGUAACAAUUUGUUGAUUGAUUAAUUUUUUUAUUCAUAUAACAAAAUCUUAUUUUAUGUAAUUACAAGAAAUCAACGUAUCAUGUACGCGUGAAUAUUAUGAAACCGAGCUAAUAAUUGAAACCAGUAUGUGAAUUCAAGAAUGGGUUUACGCCACGGGACAUUGCUUGGCUAAAUGAUUUAUUAGAUGAUGUUUUGGUUUUUAAUAAAAUAGCUUUAUUAUUAUAGUGGAUACAUAUAAAACAUGAUAGUGGAACCAAUGAGCACAAAAACAACGGACGCUUUUUGAUGAUACACAAACAUGGCAGCGUACGUUUGCACGAGAUUUUGUAUAAACAAAUCUAAAGACUCGAUUAGAUUUAUUCAGCGACGGUUUCGAGUUAAAACUAAAUGGGCAGCAACAAGGCCGAAGUUUCCAGCCACUGAACUUGCUCUGCACAACUUUGACACAAGCUACAGUAUACAGUUAAGGGACCUAUGGCCCUCUAUUAGAGUUGCCAUGCUGUGUGAACAAAAGUAUGGAGCGCUGAUAAACAGUUUCUCUUCAGCACCCAAUGUAAUAAACGAAUUGGAAGCUCAAGGAUGUAAAGACUUCAUCAGUAUUGACUGCACCAGAAAUGAAGUCCAUCUAUCUUCACAGGACUCCACGACUUCACACAGAGCUUCAACAGAGCUUCAAUCCAGUAUAAGUCCCGAUAUAAAAUGUCUUGUUUUCCCCAAAGGAGACAUAUCUAGAUUUAAGCCUGCUGGACCUGACAGCAGUGGCAUAUUGGGAUAUUAUCUUCUGGAUGCUGCCUCAGUGCUGCCUGUUCUAGCAUUGGACGUCCAGGCAGGACACACAGUACUGGAUCUAUGUGCAGCUCCAGGAGGGAAGACUCUUGCUCUCCUGCAGACACAUUCAGUCAAUUAUCUGUGGGCGAACGACCUGUCAGGUUCCCGCACAAUGCGAUUACGCAGGACACUUCAGAGCUACCUGCCUAAAGAAUUCCUGGAUGAAAACAAAAUCCACAUCACUUCCACGGAUGGUCGGCAGUUAGGCAUGACUGAGGAGAAAAGCUUUGACAGAGUGCUUGUAGAUGUCCCCUGCACCACAGACAGACACUCUGCAAUGGUGGAAGAGAACAAUAUUUUUAAGAGGUCCAGGACCAAAGAGAGACAGAAACUUCCCCUUUUGCAAACACAGCUGCUUCUGGCAGGGAUCCAGGCCACGCGACGGGGUGGAAAAGUUGUGUACUCUACUUGUUCCCUGUCCCAGCUGCAGAAUGAGUGUGUGGUGCAACAGGCCAUAAGUCUCGCUCAGCAGGAGCUGGGAAUCACAGUGCAGGUUCAGGACCUCAGAUGGUUUGCGCAACGCUUUUCUGACACUUUCCACUUUGCGCCACAGUUAAGUGUCGGGGAGUUGGUUUUACCACACCUUUGUGCUAACUUUGGACCAAUUUAUAUGUGUAAAUUACAACGAAUGAACUAGAUGGACAUUCAGAUAUUAGCUCAACAGCCAUCAUCACACGUUUGCGCUUCAGUAGUGCCCCCUAGUGGCCAGACAUGGAACUAUUUCAGCCUAUAAGACUGUCAUAAAUCCACCAUUUUACUGUUGUACAUGAAAAUCAUGUCAUUGUCAUUAUUUUGUAAAUCAUGUUAUUUGAUUAUCAAAUUUAUUAAAGUUCAAUAUGGCGCAAAAAGACCAAAGCAGUCUUGUUUUUCCAGU